CCAAUAAAUGUGAACAUGGGGUCUGUCACCGGAGCUGUCCUCAAGAUGCUACUUCUGUUAUCUACUCAAAACUGGAGCAGGGUCAUAGCUGGGAAUUCCUAUGAUUGUGAUGAGCCUCUGGUGUCUGCUCUGUCUCAGGCGUCGUUCAGCAGUUCCUCCGAGCUCUCUAGUAGCCACGGUCCUGGAUUUGCAAGGCUAAAUCGAAGAGACGGAGCUGGCGGCUGGUCUCCACUUGUGUCGAACAAAUACCAGUGGUUGCAGAUUGACCUCGGAGAGAGAAUGGAGAUCACUGCCGUGGCCACCCAAGGGGGAUAUGGGAGCUCCAACUGGGUGACCAGCUACCUCCUGAUGUUCAGUGACAGCGGCAGGAACUGGAAGCAGUACCGACAGGAGGACAGCAUCUGGGGUUUUUCAGGAAACGCAAACGCAGACAGCGUCGUGUACUACCGACUGCAGCCUUCUAUCAAAGCCAGGUUCCUGCGCUUCAUCCCUGUAGAGUGGAACCCCAAGGGCAGAAUCGGAAUGCGAAUCGAGGUGUUUGGAUGUGCAUAUAGGUCCGAGGUAGUCGAUCUUGAUGGAAGAAGUUCUCUCCUCUACAGAUUUGACCAAAAAUCCCGGAGCCCAAUAAAGGACAUCAUUUCUUUGAAAUUUAAGACCUUGCAGAGCGAUGGGGUUCUCCUCCACAGGGAAGGGCAAAGCGGGGGUCACCUCACACUGGAACUAAAAAGAGGGAAACUGUUUUUGCUUAUUAAUUCAGGUGAUGCCACACUGCCCUCUCCUCACGCCCGGGUCAGUCUCACCCUGGGCAGUCUGCUGGAUGACCAGCACUGGCACUCCGUGCUCAUCCAGCUCUCGGGCCGGCAAGUCAACUUCACGGUGGAUGAGCAUAGGCAUCGCUUCCAUGCCCAGGGAGAGUUCAGCGACCUGGAGCUUGAUUAUGAGAUCAGCUUUGGAGGGAUUUCAGCACCUGGGAAAUCAGUGUCAUUCCCACAUAAGAAUUUUAAUGGGUGUUUAGAAAAUCUCUAUUAUAAUGGAAUGGAUAUCAUUGAUUUGGCCAAGCGACAAAAACCACAGAUCAUCGUUAUGGGAAAUGCGUCAUUUUCUUGUUCACAACCACAGUCUGUGCCUGUGACGUUCCUCAGCCCCAGGAGCUACUUAGCAGUGCCGGGCCCUUCCGGAGAGGAAGAGGUUGCUGCUGCCUUCCAGUUUCGAACCUGGAAUAAUGCAGGGCUUCUGCUCUUUGGGGAACUCCCACUGCUUUCAGGGGGUCUCCUUCUCUUCCUUCAUGAUGGAAAACUAAAGCUGAAUGUCUACCAGCCAGGAACGUUAUCCAGUGACAUCACAGCAGGUGUUGGAUUGAAUGAUGGACAGUGGCAUUCCGUGUCCUUAUCUGCCAAAAGGAAUCACCUGAGCAUGGUGGUGGACGGCCAGGUGGCCUCUGCGGCUGCCCUCCUGGGGCCCGAGCAGGUUUAUUCAGGGGGCACCUAUUAUUUUGGAGGUUGUCCUGACAACAGCUUUGGAUCCAAAUGUAAAAAUCCCCUUGGUGGGUUUCAGGGAUGUAUGAGACACAUUUCCAUCAGUGCCAGAGCGGUGGACCUGAUUUCCGUUCAGCAGGGGUCCCUUGGGAACUUCAGUGACCUUCAGAUAGACUCCUGUGGGAUCACAGACAGGUGUUUGCCCAACUACUGUGAGCACGGCGGCGCGUGCUCCCAGUCCUGGAGCGCCUUCCACUGCAACUGUGCGGACACUGGCUACAGCGGCGCCACCUGCCACAACUCUGUCUACGAGCAGUCGUGCGAAGCCUAUAAGCACAGAGGAAAUGCGUCAGGGUUCUACCACGUAGACUUGGACGGCAGUGGGCCCCUGGAGCCGUUCCUCCUGUACUGCAACAUGACCGAAACUGCAUGGACCAUCAUCCAGCACAAUGGCUCCGAGUUAACAAGAGUGAGAAACACUCAUCCGGAGAACCCAUAUGCUGGGUUUUUCGAGUACUCGGCCAGCCUGGAGCAGCUUCAGGCCACAAUAAACCGUGCGGAGCACUGUGAACAGGAGCUGACCUACUAUUGUAAGAAGUCACGGCUUGUAAAUAAUCAAGAUGGAACCCCUCUGAGCUGGUGGGUCGGAAGAACCAAUGAAACACAGACGUACUGGGGAGGUUCUUUGCCUGACCCUCAAAAAUGUGCCUGUGGUCUGCAGGGGAACUGCGUGGAUUCUCAGUAUUACUGCAACUGCAAUGCUGACCGGAACGAAUGGACCAAUGACACUGGAUUCCUUUCUUAUAAAGAACAUCUGCCAGUGACUAAGAUAGUGAUCACGGACACAGGCCGGCCGCACUCGGAAGCAGCGUACAGACUGGGGCCUCUGCUCUGCUGGGGGGACAGCUCAUUUUGGAAUUCGGCUUCCUUCAACACUGAGGCAUCAUACCUUCAUUUUCCUACUUUCCAUGGAGAACUCAGUGCAGACGUGUCUUUCUUUUUUAAAACCACAGCAUCCUCUGGGGUGUUUUUAGAGAACCUGGGGAUUACCGAUUUCAUACGGAUAGAGCUGCGCUCUCCGGCUGUCGUGACUUUUUCAUUUGAUGUUGGAAACGGGCCUUCUGAAAUCUCCGUGCAGUCACCCACUCACUUCAAUGACAACCGGUGGCACCAUGUCAGGGUGGAAAGGAACAUGAAAGAGGCAUCCGUUCAAGUGGAUCAGCUCCCACCAAAGGCCCAGGCUGCUCCCGCGGAUGGACAUGUCCUUUUGCAGCUAAACAGUCAACUCUUCGUGGGUGGGACGGCCACCCGACAGAGGGGCUUCCUGGGAUGCAUCCGGUCUCUGCAGUUGAACGGACUGGCCCUGGACCUGGAGGAGAGAGCCAAGGUGACUCCCGGAGUGGAGCCGGGCUGCAGAGGCCAUUGCAGCAGCUAUGGGAAGUUGUGUCGGAACGGAGGGAGGUGCAGAGAAAAGCCCCGCGGGUUCUCGUGUGACUGCACCUUCUCUGCCUACGCUGGGCCGUUCUGCUCUGAUGAGAUUGCUGCAUACUUUGGGCCUGGCUCAUCUGUGAUUUAUAAUUUUCAAGAAAAUUAUUCCUUAAGUAAAAACUCCAGCUCCCACGCUGCUUCAUUUCAUGGUGAUAUGAAGCUGAGCCGAGAAAUGAUCACAUUUAGCUUCCGAACAACACGGACACCAAGCUUACUGCUGUAUGUGAGCUCCUUUUAUAAAGAAUAUCUUUCAGUUAUCAUUGCCAAAAAUGGAAGUUUGCAGAUCAGGUACAAGCUAAAUAGAUAUCAAGAACCUGAUGUUGUUACCUUUGAUUUCAAGAACAUGGCUGAUGGGCAGCUUCACCGCAUCAAGAUUAACAGAGAAGAGGGAGUGGUCUUCGUAGAGAUUGAUGAGAAUGCAAGGAGACAAGUCUACCUGUCAUCAGGUACAGAAUUCAGCGCAGUCAAAUCUCUUGUACUGGGCCGGAUUUUAGAGCACAGCGACGUUGACCAGGAGACAGCGCUGGCCGGGGCUCAGGGCUUCCUGGGCUGUCUCUCCGCAGUGCAGCUCAGCCACCUGGCCCCCCUGAAGGCUGCUCUGCAGCCCAGCCACCCAGCCCUCAUCACCAUCUCAGGACACGUGGCGGAGUCCAGCUGUGUGGCCCAGGCUGGCACCGAUGCCACAUCAAGGGAAAGGACACACUCCUUUGCAGAUCACUCUGGAACAAGAGAUGACAAAGAGCCCCUAGCUAAUGCUACCAAAAGUGACUCUGCGGUAAUUGGAGGUUUGAUAGCUGUUGUGAUCUUUAUCUUGCUGUGUAUCACUGCCAUAGCUGUCCGCAUUUAUCAGCAGAAAAGGUUAUACAAGAGAAAUGAGGCAAAAAGGUCAGAGAAUGUAGACAGUGCUGAGGCUGUUUUGAAAACUGAGCUCAAUAGACAAAAUGCAGUCAGUGAAAAUCAGAAAGAGUACUUCUUCUGAUUGGCUGCUAUGAUUAACUUACAAUUACGAUGUUGUUUUUUAAUAGCCAGGGGCUCUAAAUGGACAAAAAAAUGUUCUCGCAUUGAAAGUAUGGUCAGUGACUCUGCAGCCCUGCCAUCUUGCCA